CUGGUUAUCUGUCACCGAGCCGAGCCCACCAUCUGGGGGCGCUCCAGCUCCAUUUUCCACCGGCAGCCAUGUAAGCUAGCUAGCGCUUCCCCUCCGGCUCCUGAAAUUCCUGUGGCGGAGGUUCCUGGCGUGGCCGGUAGAGAGGGAUGGAAGACAGCCACUGCAGGAAGAGCCGAGAAACCUGAGCAAAAGAGGGGGAGAGAGAGGGAGAGAAACAUACACAUUCACACUGAGGCAGAGACCUCAAAGCCUCGGAUAGAAGCGGCCAUUACGGCUGGGAAGCAUGCUGGGAGCUCGGGCGGCUCGCCGACACAGCCUGGGAUAGGAAGCCCGAGUCCGGAUAAGGUUUCGUCUGGAGCUCCGCCGAUUUGGGGACAGAAGCAGACACACUGCCCCCCCUCUACGGACACUCAUCUGGGGUGUGUAGGAUAUACUCCCUCCCUCUCUCUCACACACACACAAAAAGCACCAGUCGCCGGGUGGAAGCCGAUAUUCAAGGAGGGACUAGUCGGAGACAACACACCGAGCGAUGCGACUGUGUGUUCCCGCACCCACACAUACACAGACGGCGAUAAUGGAUAGAUAGCGUUUAUGUAACCUUCCUUCAAGUAGAUACUCGUCUUAUAUUUUCAUAAAUAGGCGCUCACUUAAGGCUUUUGUUGUCUUGUUUUAUUCUCUUAAGUAUCCCUAAGGAUUAUCCAACCCUGCUUGGAAGUGAGCUACAGGGCUUCUAGUGUGCGCCAAUGCAUCAAAUUAACUAGUUUCACACAAGGUGGUGUUGGAAUUGGACACCGACAAGAAGAAGGAGGCAGAGCUGGGGCUUGACGCGCAGCAGCGGACCGGGUCACUGCGGUAGUCUGCAGGCCGACCUCUCUCUACUCGCAAGCCGGUUUGCAGAGCCGCCAUGGCCGGGUUCAUACCGGGUCUGCUGCCGACAAACCAUUCCCAGGAGAAGGAAUUCGCCCAGGCAUACGAAGAUGUGCUGGAGAGAUAUAAAGAUGAGCGGGACAGAGUGCAGAAGAAAACCUUCACAAAAUGGGUCAACAAGCAUCUCAUCAAGGUGAGAAAGCACAUCACAGACCUGUAUGAGGACCUGAGGGAUGGACACAACCUGAUUUCCUUGCUGGAGGUCCUCUCUGGAGUGACCCUGCAACAGAAGAGCGGCCCUUCAUUGAAAAGGGCAUACGCCUCGCGGGCCCCCCCUCUUAUUUUGCUCGGAAGGGAGGAGGAGGAGGAGGAAGGAGCUCAGGGACCCAGAGAAAAGGGGCGAAUGAGAUUUCAUCGACUGCAGAAUGUCCAGAUAGCGCUGGACUUCCUUAAACAGAGACAGGUCAAACUUGUGAACAUCAGGAACGAUGACAUCACCGACGGGAACCCCAAACUGACGUUAGGUCUCAUCUGGACCAUCAUCCUUCACUUCCAGAUUUCAGAGAUCUAUGUGAGCGGCGAGUCAGGCGACCUCACAGCCAAAGAGAAGCUGUUAUUAUGGAGCCAGCAGGCGACAGAAGGCUACCCCGGCCUCCGCUGUGUCAACUUUUCCUCAUCCUGGAGGGAUGGACGCAUGUUUAACGCUCUGCUGCACAGAUACAGGCCAGACCUGAUCGACAUGGAGGUGGUGUCGCGGCAGAGUAACCGGGAGAACCUCGAGCAGGCCUUCGAGAUCGCUGAGUCGCUAGGGGUGACCAGACUGCUGGACUCUGAGGACGUUGAUGUUCCAUCCCCAGAUGAGAAGUCGGUCAUCACCUACGUCUCCUCCAUCUAUGAUGCCUUCCCCAAAAUCCCAGAGGGAGGAGAGGGCAUCGCUGCACAGGAGGUGGGCCAGCGCUGGUCAGAGUACCAGUCCAGGUUCUCCUCUCUGCUCCAGUGGAGCCACCAACAUAUGGCCCUCAUGGCCAACAAGAACUUCCCACAAAACCCUGUGGAACUCAAGGCACUUUACAACGAGUACGUCCAUUUCAAAGAGACGGAGAUCCCUGCAAAGGAGAUCGAGAAAGGUCACAUCGAACACCUCUACAAACUGCUGGAGGUGUGGAUAGAGUUUGGUCGUAUUAAGCUUCCUCAGGGCCUCCAUCCCAAUGACCUCGAGGAGGAGUGGGGCAAACUAAUCCUGGAGAUGCUGGAUAGAGAGAAGGCUCUACGGCCAGCUGUGGAGAGGCUAGAGCUGCUGCUUCAGAGGGCAAAUAAGAUCCAGAACAUGGCUCUGGACUGUGAGGAGAAACUCACCCUCGCUAAGAACACACUCCAGGCUGACAUGUCUCGAGCAGAGAGCGGCGAGGCGGUGCAGUGUGAGAGAGAACUGGCCUGCUACCUGCAGGACUGCGAGUCUCUGAUUGGACAACUCAACCAGGAGCUUAAAGUCCUCCGAGAUGAAAAAUACUACCAGGUGGAGCAGCUGGAGUUCAGAGUGUCCUGCCUUCAAGAGGAGCUGGUCUCCCUCAGACUGCAGUGCUCCAGCGUCUACAGAAAAGGCUACUUCUCCCAGUCCCUGGGCAGCACCGGGGUAGAACACACCAGCCAGAGAGCCACAGACAGUGGCCUGUCGCUGGGGCAGACACUGCUGGGAGCUGUGGGCGCUGUGGGAGCAGUGGGUGCCGCACUCCUGCGGAGACCCAUGGCUCGCUCCCAGUUGGUGGCCAUGUCUUCAUCAGAGGACGAAGGAAGCCUGAGGUUCAUCUACGAGCUGCUCGGAUGGGUGGAGGAGACGCAGGAGCUUUUGGAGCGUGCUGAAUGGGGCGCAGACCUCCCCUCUGUAGAAAACAACCUCCAAGAGCACAACACCAUACACACUGCUGUCGAAGAGCUAAUGAGCAGCCUACAGGAGGCACGCAACUAUGAGGCUAAAGUUUCUCCCAACUUCAAGAGCAGUUACUCUGAAACCCUGGCAAAACUGGAGCACCAAUACUGCAAACUACUGGAACAUUCGUCAUGGCGCCUGCGGAGCUUGGAGAGCCUGCACGCAUUUGUGUCGCACUGCACUGAGGAGCUGAUCUGGCUCAACGAGAGGGAGGAGGAGGAGAUUGCCUUCGACUGGAGCGACAACAACUCCAACAUGAACGCCAAGAGAGAAUUAUACAGUGAAAUGAGGUUAGAGCUGGAUGAAAAACAAGAUGUGAUGCGGACACUCCAGGAAACAGCCAACCAUCUGUGUCAGGAGAACCAUCCAGCCAAACAGACUGUGGAGGCUUACAGUGCAGCCCUGCAGACUCAGUGGCAGUGGGUGAACCAGCUCUGUGUGUGUGUAGAGCAGCAUCUCAAAGAUAACACGGCAUACUUCCAGUUUAUGAGUGAUGCUCGAGACUGUGAAUCAUACCUGCGCCAGCUCCAGGAAACCAUCAAGAGACAGUACACCUGUGACAAGAACAGCAGACUGAGCAAACUGGAAGACCUGCUGCAGGACUCAAUGGAGGAGAAGGAGCAGCUGAUUGAGUACCGGAGUACUGUGGCGAACCUGGUGGGCCGGGCCAAGACGGUGGUGCAGCUCCGCCCCCGCAACGCAGAGAGCACCCUGGGAGCCACAACACCCAUCAAAGCCAUCUGCGACUACAGACAGAUAGAGACAAACGUUCAGAUCACAAUAAGCCGAGCCGAGGAGUGUGUGCUGGAGGACAACUCUCAGAGGACCAAGUGGAAGGUGAUCAGUCCGACAGGGAAUGAGGCCAUGGUCCCCUCAGUGUGUUUCACCGUCCCACCUCCGAACCAAGAGGCCAUCGACACAGCCAGCAGGACAGAGCAGUUGUACCAGAAGGUCAUGUCUCUGUGGCAUCAGCUACAUGUGAACAUGAAGAGUGUGGUGUCCUGGCACUACCUGCUCAAAGACAUCAGAAUGGUCUCUGGAUGGAACCUGGACACGGUUCGUUGUCAGUCCCCGGCAGAGCGGCAGCAGGUCCUGGGUCAUCUGGAGUCCCAGUUGGCCGACUUCCUAUCUGACAGCAAAGAGAGCUCUCUGUUCACGCCAGGCGAAAGACGAGAGCUGGAGAAGGACGUACAGCAGGCCCAACAGCACUGCCAGGACCUGCUGCUAAACAUGGAGACCGUGGAGAAGGAUGAGUCAGUUUCUCGAUCCUACCUGUCAGAGCUGCAGAACAUCACCCUUCGUCUAAAUGAGGCCGAGCAGAGACUGACGAGGGGAAUUCAGACUCCGCCUCCCAGCCGGCUGUCAGGUGACAGUGCUGACAACACUGUCCAGAUUGCAGAGCAAGAGAAGCUGCAGUUUGAGCUGGACGCCCUACGCUCCAGUUUGGGUGAUGUCUCUCGUCGCUGUGUCAGUUUCUUCGAGGAGAAGCCGACAUCUUCCAGUGUUCCCGUCCUCCGGUCUGAACUCAAUCAGACUGUGGAGAAGAUAGACAAACUGCACAACCUCUCGUCUGUCUACCUAGAAAAGUUAAAAACGGUAGACAUCCUGAUGCAUAGCCUGGAUGAAGCGGAGAGCCAAGUCAGGAAGAACGAGAGCAGACUAAGUGAGGAAGACAUUGUUCCUGCUGACACAACGGCCAUUCAAAACAUCAGAGAUCAGCUAGGGAAGUGGCAGGCUGAGCUUGUCGAGCAGGAGGGCAUCUUCCAGUCUCUGCAGUCGAAGGUAGGCCGGGCCAAAGAGGCGGGGUCUCAGCUCAGCAGGCUCCACCCAGACCGCAGCCCCGAGCUGGAGCGCUACCAGGAGAGAGCCAAUCAGAUGGUAGAGAGGUGGAGUGGAAUCAAGAGACAGAUGGAGACACGACGAACUGAUCUAGAAGCUCUGGGCUCAGCCCUGCAGCAGUACAGAGAUGGUCAUUCUGCUCUGAUCGAGUGGAUUGAAGAAACGACAGAGAGACAAGAAAACACACAACCUGGACAGUCAGACAGCAAAGCACUGUCUGAACAACUGGCCCAGCAGACGGCAUUAGUAGCUGAGAUCGAACAGAACCAGACCAAACUAGACGAGUGCCAGACUCACUCCAAACAGUACUGCACCUCAGUGAAGGAUUAUGAACUACAGCUGAUGACCUAUAGAGCCUUUGUAGAAUCUACGCACAAGUCAACUGUCAAGAGGAGGAGGAUGCACUCUUCCUCUGACGCCAUCACUCAGGAGUUCAUGGACUUACGCACACGCUACACAGCAUUGGUCACCUUGACAACACAGCAUGUAAAGUACAUCAGUGAUGCACUGAGACGACUAGAAGAGGAAGAGAAAGAGGUGGAGGAGGAGAAGCAGGCCAGGGUGGGUCAGGUUUCAGACCUGCUGGGCUGGGUCAAAGGCCUCCAGGGACGGACUGGGGGCCCCAACGCAGAGUCUUCACUUGCUGCUCAACAGGCCAUCAGUGAACAGCUAGCAUCCAAGAAAGAUGAAGUGGCUGAAGCCAUAAGGAGUACUCAGGUCUUCCUGCUAUCAAAACAGGCCAGCAAGUUGUCCCCAGAGGAGCGUGCUCAUGUAGAGGCUCAGCUGGAUGAGCUGACGGCCACCUACAACCAGCUGUGUGAUAGCUCCACCCAGCAGCUGCAGCAGCUAGAGCAGCAACUGGCCAAAGAGGAGGAAAGAAAGAACCAAAUUGCCAUUGCUGGAGUAAUCGACCUGGGAACAGUGGAAACAUUCCCAGUGUUCCAAGCAGCCCAACGUGGUCUUAUUGACCAGGACACCUGCCAUGUGCUACUGGAGGCCCAGCUCAUUAUGGGUGGGCUCCUCCAGCCUGACUCCCCUCUCAAUCUUUCACUGGAACACGGUCAAGCUCAAGGCCUAAUUGACACCCAUACCAGACAGUCCCUUUCUGAGCUAGAGAGUGCCUUGCUUUUGGUGGAAAAUACGAAAUCUACAGAUGACCAACAACAAAAUGUGUUGCCAGUAGCUACGGCCAUGGAGUUCGGGCUCAUCAGAGAGGAGGUGGGACUUCGUAUUCUAGAACUCCAGAUGAACACUGGAGGCCUUAGAAACUCAACGGGAAAAUUUUUGAGUUUGGAGCAAGCAGAUGACAGGAGACUUUUGACUCCAAGAACCCUCACCAAACUCCAGUCAAGGCUGCAACGUAGAGAGCUGAUCGAUCCAAACACAGCUGAAAAAUUAAACCUGUAUGAGCUACAACAGCGCUGUGUCCCCAGCGAUGACUCAGGUCUCCUUCUCCUCCCUGUCAAACAGCAACCUGGAGGAACUGUCUGCCUCCGGUCCGGAAGAAAAGUUGGCAUCUUCCGUGCAAUCCAGGAAGGCCUGAUUGAUCGGAAAGUUACUGUACGACUUCUUGAAGCUCAGCUCUUUGCCGGUGGUAUUGCUGACCCACGGUCAGGCCACCGGCUGACAAUUGAUGAGGCUGUUCGUCAUGGGCUUAUGGACCAGGAUCUAGCCUGUGCAAUGUUAGCACGACAGCUGCAAAAUGGGGGAAUUCUAGACCCUUUCAGUGGAGAACGCCUGGAUUUGGAAGAGAGUAUUCGCAGGGAUCUUCUCUCCUCUCGUUUGGCUCUGUUGGUCCUUGAGUCUCUCUGGGCUUUCAUGGGAAUACUCUGGCCUGAAUCCGGAGAACUCCUGCCCAUAGUUGAGGCUCUUCAACAAGGAGUGAUCUCAGGAGAGCUAUCAAGGAACAUCCUAAGGCAGCGACAUGCCAUUGGGGCUCUGUACAACCCAGAAACCCUCCAGGUGCUUCCCCUAAACCAGGUUGCUGAAGAGGCCCUUGAGCCCAGUGUAGUCAGUUUUCUCAAAGACACCCACAUUCCAGAUGUUCUUUCCAGCAUGAACCAGUCAGGUACCCCAUCUCUAAACCGCUUGAGCUGGGGUUCCACCAGCUCCUCUCCACCUCCAUCCUCUCCACCGCCUUCAUCAUCUCCCGAAGGCCUUGUCUGGGAUGCUACACCAACACAAGGAAUGGAUCCUGCAGAUCAAGCAAAACACAAGCUGCUGUUUCACCUCAUGACUCAUAGCUAUGUUGAUGCUCAUUCAGGAAAACGAUUGGUGCUGUUAGAUCCUGAGUUGGUGGAGUUGGUCAAAGCUACUGAACUGGUUGCUGGAGACUCUGUAUAUGGAAGUCAAGUUGAGCCACAAAGCAGUUUGACCAAAGAUGAGCAGGGGAAGUUGCAAAUGGUGAGAGAGUUUAGUUUGACAGAUAAAGAGGCGAGUGACAGACAAACUGAGGUUGAAGAAGAAAAUUCCAAUGUAGUCACACCAAGCAAAGAAUUUGAGAUAAAUGGUACAGGCAGUCUAGAAGGAAGGUAUAAUGGAGAAAACUACAACAAAUUGCUGCAAAAACCAUCAGUAAUUGUAGAGAGUGAUUUAGCCUUUGCAGCUAAAAAUGAAAUUGGCGUAGAUAAAGAUGCAAAAGUAAAAGCUCAAAAGAAAGAGAUAUCCAAUCUUGAAAGUUUAAUGGCUUCAGCUAAAAACCUUGGAGAGGCAACAAAAGUCCUAGAUGAGCCAGUAGCAACUGAAUCCAAACCCAGGUAUAGUGGUGGUCAGGAGACUAGAAGUACAACCACAACAGUAGAUAGAAAAACAGUCAUGGCACCACUCAAAUCAGAGGGAGAUUUUAGAUUGUUGAAAGAACCCAUCCUACUGGGAGCAAAAACAAAUAAAGAUGUUAAUUCAACCCAAACUGAUGAAAGGAAAGAUAUAAAACAUUCCCAGACUGAGUCAGAAAGGAUCAAACAAAAGGUGCCUAUAACAGAGACUGACUCAAAGCAUGCUAAGCCUCAGAUUGAUAUCCCUGAUUUAGCAGUAGAGAAGGAAGGGGAGGAUGCUGAAUUGGCAAGGUUAGUCCUAGAGCUCAAACAGGGAGGUCUGAUGACAGAUGAAGGGGAAAAGCUGCUCCCAGAUGAGGCAGUAGCCCAGGGUGUCCUCCCUGGCCACACAGCAGUUAAAUUAAUGGCUCAGGCAAGUCUGUUUGGGGGUUUCCUAGAUGCCAGCAGCGGUGAGUCACUUAGCAUGGAGGAUGUUAUGCAGGAGGGUUUACUAGAUGAAGAUCUAAUGUGGCGUGUCCUGAAGUCCGAUAAAACCCUUGCAGGGGUUGUGGAUGUAGAGAAAAGGCAGGUCUGUGGGGUAAGGGAGGCAGCUCAGGCAGGGUUGAUUGACCCCAACACCGCUGCUCGAUUUCUAGAAGCCCAGGUGGCGUCUGGGGGAAUUGUUGACCUACGUAGGGAUAAGAAAGUCUCCGUCACUCUAGCAGCAAACCUGGGACUGAUUGAGGAGGAUCAAAGAGAAGAAUUGGUGGCACUAGAGAAGGCAUACAAAGGAAAGGAUACAGAUUCAGCAACAGCCCUCACUAAAGCCAGUUUACAGCUACAGAUGGAAGGUGUUAUUGACCCAGAGUCCAAGUCUCCAGUUCCUCUUGAGCAAGCAAUUCAGAAAGGUUUAAUUAGGUCUGAGGAGGCGUAUCAGGUGUUGGCAAGGCAGGUGGCUGAGGGUGGUGUAAUACAUCAUGCUUCGGGGAUAAGGUUGUCAGUUUCUGAUGCUGUAGAUAGAGGACUAGUGGAUCGGUCCAUUGCUCCUGGGCUGGAGGAAUUAGAGUGGGUCUACCAAGGAAAAGUCAGCCCUUCAUCUCACCCAGAAGCCAUUGUUUUCCAGGCAUCAAUAGGAGCCAUUUUAGACCCUGACUCUGGAUGUAAACUGACAUUGACAGAGGCAGUUUCUAAGGGUCUUCUGGAUGAGAAUACUGCCAGUGAAGCCAUGGCUUCUUCUGCUGUAACACAAGGAGUGCUUGACCCCCAAACUGCACGAAUUGUGCCUUAUUCAGCGCUUGUAAACCAGGGUAAGAUAGAUAUUGAAACAGGUAAACGCUUCUUGGAAGUGAAACCAUUCAGAGGUGUUCAUGAUGAGCAAACAAGAGACAGCUUGACCCUUCCUGAGGCAGUUGCGUCAAAGAAAGUUGACCCAGUUCCAGCAUUGAGGCUGCUCCAAAGCCAGGCAGACAGUGGAGGGAUCAUUGAUAUCAGUACUGGAGAAAGGCUCCCCCUAUCUGAAGCUUGUAAAAGAGGUUUAGUUGGAGACAGUAUGGUCAGGGUAAUAGCCACCAACCAGUUUUUGAAAGGAGGCUUAGUUGAUCCUGCCACUGGACAACAAGUCUCUAGUCUCAAUGAUGCCAUUGCAAAAGAACUGAUCUCCAGUGACAUAGCUUCAGAGAUUCAGGAGAAACUGGCUUCUGUGGAGAUAGAGGGGGAUGAAGGCAGCGCUACACCUGUUGCGUCAUCAAAUGGCACAUACAGCCCUGCUGUUAUAUUGUCAGUGUCAGGCCCAGACAGUCCAGAAAACUGGUCAGAUGUAAACACUGAGGUGCCUUCAAGAUCUCCACUUUCAAAGAAAGGUUUAGCAAUUACACAGGACGAUGGAAAGACGUUGACAUCUGUAGUAUCAGAUCAGUCACUGCUUUAUGAUACUACUACAGAAGAGGACAAAGUAGAAGCAUCACUGUCAGUGGAAGAAAAGGCUUUAAUUGAGCCAGACCAAUCCAUAGACCUCUUGUGUAAGUUUGCUUCUAAUGUUGAGAAAAGAAUUCAGCAAGCCAUAGAAGAGAGAGUACCACAGACAGACAUCAAUAAAUCAGAGCCUCUUCUUAAGCAGAAGCUUGAUGAGAGACUGCAAAUAGGUGUAAGUGAGACUGAUGAUAAACAAAAGGGAAAUGUUUUCAGACAUUCUAUUGGAGAAUCCAUUCAGGCACAUGACUAUGAUAUUGACAAAGAUUCACAGGAAGAGGUUAGAAAAGGGUCUGCUAUGUUAAAGUCAGAUGGGGAACCAGUGAAGGUUGGAAAAAAGGAGUUUAGACCCAGUGAUGAGAGCACAUCUGUGGUUCAUCAUGAUUUUGAAGAUGGAAACCUGACAGGUUUUGUGGCCCCACAGAUUAGAGAUGACAGAGAAAGUAAAGAUAGCAUUGAGUUGUCAAAAUUGAGUGAAGAGGAUUAUAGAAAUAGUGAUGUGGCAGCACAAAGAGAUGGUGUAGAUGAGAAGGGUAAAAGAGUGGAGAAAGAGGAACCUUUAAAGAUUGAGAUCAAAUCUAGCACUGACGUUGAGCAGUCAGACCAGUUAUUGACCUCUCCAUCCAAAGUGACACAAAGCAAAAGCAAGAAAAAAAGGAAAAAUAAAAAGAAUGGGAAGGGUAAAGAAGCAGAGAGUGAAACACACACCUCAGAGAUAAAACAUCCAUCUCAAUUUGAUCAAGCAGAUACUCAAAUUGAAGUGCAGCCGGAGGCUAUAGUUGCAGUCACAGAUGAGCUUGCAUCACAAGACAAGUACGAGAAAUCACAGAUUCAUGGUCAGGCAGCUUCCACUAGGCCUCCAAAUGGAGAAAGUGAAGCAAAGAUUGACAGGAAGAUUGAGGCUGAAAAUGAUUUGGUAAAACAGGGACAGGAAGCAUUUCCAGCCAUUCUGGAAUUCACAGAACAUACUAUUGAGCCAGAGAAAGAUGCAAUAACAAUUACGUUAUCAAAUGAUACAGAAAAGGGUGAUAAGAGAGAUGAGAUGAAAAGGGAGGAGCAGAAAGAGAAAGGUGAAGAGAAGGCUUCUGUCUCUCAUCAACCAGAACAAUCAGAGAGCAGUCAGGAGGUAAAGAAAUGGAAGGAGCAAGAAUUGCCUAAGAAAUCUACUCUACCAGACAACGAGAAGGCAGCCUUGAUACUGAAAGCCAAAGAGAGCAUUCUGAAAAAGGUGUUUGAAAAAGGAGUGAGUGAGAAGCAGACUGCUGAGGAGCUGCAGGCACUGCGCAAUGAGGUGGGGAAGAAGGAGAGUCAAGGCACAACUGUUAAAGAUGUAAAGGCACAAACUCUGCCAGCUAAGGUUGAUGGAGUGGAGAGUCAUGAUGUCAAAGAUGAUAGUGAUAAGAGACCCAGUGGUUCACCAAAAGAGACUGAGGAGGAGACGAGUGUCAAAGAAGACGAAAUAAAAUUGACAAGGGUCAAAGAAGAUAUGACUAUGGAGAAACUUUCUGUCAAGGAACACAUAAAGACUAAACUACUGGAGGUUUCUUCAAAUGAGAGAGAAAAGAACAGGAGUUUUGGAAAGGAAGACAUACAGAAAGACAUUGAGACAGCUCCACCAGGCCAGCCUAAAGAAAAUCAGCAAAGUAAACGAAGUAAGAAGAACAAGAAGUCAAAGAGUCCAAAAGUGACAGACAAAACUGAACCUGAUACUGAGAAGUUACCGACUGAUGAAAAAGUGGAUUCUGAGGUGAUAUCAACAAAACUUACCACAAAAUUUGCAAUGGCAAAACCAGAUUUAGAUAACUCAGCUUUGACUAAUGAGCAGAGGAUGGACAAACAUACUGAUGGUCAGUCAGCUGGUGAUAAUGCAAAUGUAGUGGAGACCUCUGUAAUUAAUGUUAAAGGAGUUGAGACCAGUCGACGAAGUCCACCAUGUUUACGUCAAUCAGAAGAACUCAAUUCUCACAUUGAGGAACACGUACAAUUGACAGGGGUUGCAUCUAUUGGGAAAGAAGGAUCUCAUUCCGAAACCAGAAAUGAUACUGAAUCCAUUGACUUUUCUCAUGAGGCAGUCCCAUGCAAACCAGAUAUCCAACCCAAAGCUCAGUCUAUGGCCCCUGGCACACAACCAGAUAAAAGAGCAGGGAAAGGCAAAAAGAAGAAAGGGCACCAACCACCUGAAGUUGAUAAUACCAAUGUUCCUGAAUCAAAAUCUUUAAAAGACCAACAACAACAUCUUGCGUCUCCAGAAUCAGUAGAAGAUACUUCAACUGAGUCUGAAUCAACUGAAGUCCUUGAGUCUGAUACAGCCACUGAGAGUUGGGAAGAGGGAGAGGAUGAUGUCAGAGAGAGUAGAGAAAUUGUGUCAAACAAAGAGAGGAAGACAUCCAAGACUGGCAAGUCGUCAUUGAUGCGUCAGGAAUGCUUGGAGCAUGACCAGCAAAUUGUAGCCCUGGUCUCCAUGGUAAGACAUAUUGAGGUCCGAAUCAAACAGCAGCAACAGCAGUCUGUUGGCCGCAGCCUCAUCGCCUUGGAUGACAUCAUCAGACAGACUGAGACUCUGGACCUUGAAUUGCGUGACUUGGAGCCUGCGAUCAACAAGGAAGUGGAGGCUGCUGAGCAGCUGUUGAAGCCCCAACCUAAAGGUGUUCCUCCACAGCUUCUAUUGGCCCUGGAAAAGGAUGGGCGGAGCUUGGCUCGAGGGUAUGAGGCUGCCAGAGCACUUUCUAAGGGCAUUCUGCAAAGUCUACAAGACCAUAGAGACUCAUAUAAGGAGGCAGUAACAGCUGAGCAGAAGUCACUGGGUGGACAAGUGGAGAGUCUGCUCUCUUGGCUGAGGGAGACAGAGGCGCAGAUGAAUGGAGGAAUAGCGGGGAUGGAAAAAAUGGAGAAGGCAGAGAAAGAUGACAAUCGUGAUCAGGUCACACAGCAGCUGAAUCUUUGCAAGGAGCUUCAGUCAUCUCUGAUGGCUCGCUCCAGUGAGGUCAACAAUGUGGCCUUUGACAUUCAGGUGUUUAUCUCAGAGCGGGCUCAGGACCUGGCCCCUGAGCAGAGCAGGCAGCUUCUGGGGCAGCUCCAGCAGCUCCAGAGGGACUUCCACCGAGCAUCAGGCCAAGCCCAGGCCUGGGCCGAUGCCCUCUCCGCCCAGAGAGAGAGGGAGGAGGAGUGGCAGCGCAAGGAGAGAGUGAAAGACGAGGAGAAGGAUCGAGAAAGACAGAGUGCAAGGGAGAGAGAGGUGGUUCAACAGCAGAAAGCUGAAUGCUCUCAGAAACUAGAAGGCCUUACUUUGUGGUUGGCUGGAGCUGCCAGCAUGCUGGCAAGUCAGAAAGCUGGAGCAGAGUCAGGUGAUGUGAACGUCCUGCAAGAGAAGCAAAAAAAACUAAAGGAAGUACAGAAGGACCUCCAGAUCAAACAAGAGGGCAUAGCUGAGGCUAUCCGCUCUGUGGAGGAGUUGCUGGCAGAGCGAGGAGAAAGUCUAACCCCAGAAGAGAGGGAGAACCUCCAGGGGGCACUAACAAGAAUGAAGGAGCAGUACAGUGCCCUUACAGACUCAGCAAACACGUCACUGUCAGAGGUGGACACAGCCAUCAACACCACUGUACAGCAGAACACACAAAGGGCGAAGGCUGAGGAGGAGCUCCAGGAGACCCAAGGCCAGAUAGACUCUCUGCUGAAUGAGUUGUCUUCCCUUAACCAACCAGGUGGGAGAGGAGUUGGAUCUGGAGAGGCCAAAGAUUUUACUGAUGCAUCAUUCUCACAGCCAGAGGGUGCUGUGAUGUCACACACAGAGAUGCUGCAGGCGGAGCUUCAGCAGCUCCAGUCUCAACAGGCACAGCUACUCCAGAUCACACAGUCCACUCGCUCCCUUCUGGACCAACCUGACUCCACUGUUCCUCCUGAAGAGAAGCAGCGUCUCCGGGCUGCUCUGGAUCAGCUGCAGGCCAAACACCAGGACAGGCUGCAGAGCUGCCAGGACCGUCUGAGGAAGUCUGAGGCUCUGAAGGAUGAACUGACGAAGUUCCUCCAAGAACAUGGAAGUCUAGGUACCUGGCUGGAACAAAAUGAACAGGAGCUCCGUUCCCUAGGGGAAGGAGAAACCGAUGCACAAGGACUGAAGGGCAGGCUGGAGGAGCACAGAAAGCUUGCUGAGGAUGUAAUUUGCCACAAGGCGGACCUGCGCUUUGUCUCCAUCUCCGGUCAGAAGGUUCUGGACUCUGUUCAAGGAGCUCUGGAGCAACUUGGUGGUUCAGACCCAGCUCUGGACAGCACCAAGCAGCUGGUAACUGACAAACUGCAAGAUGCUAACCACAGAUACACAACCCUACACACCAAGUCAACAGAGUUGGGUGGCCGUUUGUCCGGCCUGUUGGAGAGGUACCAGCAGUACCAGGAUGAGGUUGUCUCCCUUCACUCCUGGCUCAGCACUCAGGAACAGAACCAAAGCAUAGCCAAGCAGACAGAGACAGACCCCCAGAACCUGCAGAACACACUACGACAAGUACAGCUGCUGCAGGACGAGAUGGCUGAGCGUUCAGUGCAGCUGGAGAAGGUGAAGAGAGCAGGAAGAGAUCUGGUCAGCACAGAUGAGUCUCCUUCCCUGAAAGCUGUUGAUAUCCUCUGUGCUGCAGAUGGUUUAGAGAAGAGGUUUGGCUCCCUCUCUGCGUCUGUGUCAGAACGGGCUGAGCAGCUGCAGACAGCUGUGGCCCAGUCGGUCAGCGUCCAGGAGGGCCUGAAGGGUCUGCUGAGCUGGCUGGACAAACUGGUUCUGAAUCCUGGACCAGUCGAGCCCACUGCACAGGCUGUACAAGACGCCCUGACCCAGAACCAGAAACUUCGCCAGGAGCUGCUGUCCAGGCAGGGCAGCGUGGAAGCAACGCGGGACUCUGUUUCAAAACUCCUUCAGAGCUCUGACGCCACCACAGCCUCUGGCCUCCAGGGCGCAUUAGAUGAACUGACUCAGCGUUACGCUGCAGCACAGGCUAGCCAGGCAGAGAAGGAGGCUGAGCUCAAAGGGCUGUUGCCCAGGCUGGAGAGCUACGAGCGGCUGGGGACCGACCUCCAGAUCUUCACACAGAGCCGCCUGAAGGCUCUGAGCCCGGCGGGCCAACCAGACCGCAGUGUGGAUGACUACAGGCAGACAAUUGAGGAGGUCAGGUCCGAGCUGGAGCAGGAAGCUGGCCAGCUGAAAUCCUUCUGCAACCUCGGCACCGAGCUCAGCCAAUCAAAAGCUUUCAGUAACACUCAAAGCUUAUUGAAUAAUGUCAAAGGGGUGUCUGAUGAGUUCUCCCAGCUGGAAGCCAAUGUCAACCAAAGGUUUGCUGCCAUCCAGGCCUGUGAGCAGCAGCUGCUCCAGUUCCGCGGCCUCUCUGGAUCCCUCCUCAGGUGGCUUCAGACAGCACAGGACCAGCUGCCGUCCAAAGAGGCCAACCUCAACACAGAGGGCCUGCAGAGAAGAGUCCAGCAGCUCAAGGACUUGUUGAAUGACUGGGAGUCACAGGGAUCAAGGGUUCAGGAGCUGAACAAGACAGGCUCAGAGCUGGAGUCCCUCAUCAUCGACAUCACCGCUCCUCAAACCAAAACUGGUGCUCCUCAAAUCAAUGGCUCAGCAGGUCCCAGCAGUGUCAAUGGCAUUCACACCUGUAAAGACCUGACAGAGCUCCAGGUAGCCGUAUCUGAUGUGAACGGACGAUAUAAGACUCUGGGCGGAGAGUUGAGGGAGUGUCUUGGUCGCCAGCAGGCUUCACUGGAGCAGAGGCAGAAGGCCAGGCAGGGCACUGAGGAGCUCAAGAGCUGGCUGGCAGACAGAGAGCACAGCCUUAAACAGGGACAGACUGCCUCCCCCUCCAGACCUGAGGUGGUACGUGCCCAGGCCCAGGAGAACAAGGCCCUGCUUUCAGAGCUGGCUGAGCACUCUGGGAAGGUAGAGGAGCUGAAGAGCACACUGAGAAAGCUGAUUGCUGACAAUCCUGAUUCUCCUGAGGCAGACACCUGGAGACAGCAGCUGCAAGAGAUAGACUCCCGCUGGCAGACGGCCAAUCAGACUGCAGCCCAGAGGCAGACUGAGCUGGAGACGUGUGCUGAUAGGCUGGGCAGCUUUGCCUCAGCGGCCAAUCAGCUGGGCCCGUGGCUGAGGGAGAAGGAGCUGAUGAUGAGCGUGCUGGGACCGCUGAGCAUCGACCCCAACAUGCUUAACACACAGAAACAACAAGCACAGUUUAUGUUGCGUGAGUUUGAGACCAGGAGGCCACAGUUUGAUCAGCUGACCCAGUCCGCCGAGGGAAUCCUCUCCCAGACUGGUGACUCUGCUCAGGACCCCAAGGACCUGGCAGAGGUGCGGGCUGAGCUGGACUCCAUCUCCCAACAGUGGGAGGACCUAACAAACCGACUAACUCAGAGGUCAAACCACAUCGACCAGGCCCAAGGAACCAGCGAACGGUACCAGGCCUUGCUCAGAGAGCUCUCUUCUAGUGUUUCUGCUCUGAGCGAGAGGUUGGAUGCUCAGGCCUCACUGAGUGCCCAGCCCGAGGCGCUGAAACGUCGCCUGCAGGAAACUGGAGAGAUCCGCUCAGAGCUGGAGAGACGGCGGACUGAGCUGGCCGAGGCUGAGAGGCUCUGCCAGGAGCUGAGUACCAUCGUGGCUGAACCCUACCUGAAGGAAGAGCUGAGUAAACGACUAGAGAGUGUCAGCGGGCCGCUGAAGAGUUUAGAAGAGCGUGCAGCUGACGGUCUGUCUCAGCUCCAGACUGCCUUGUCGUCCACUCAGCAGUUCCAGCAGAUGUUUGAGGAGUUGCGCUCCUGGCUAGACAAGCAGGCAGAUCCCAGAGAAUCAUCCACCGACUCUCUGCCCUGUCAGCCCGAGGCCAUCCGCUCCCUGCUAGCACAGACAGAUGAACUCCAGCGUGGGAUCGCCAGUCAGCGAGGUUCCUACGAGCUGAUUCAAGCUGAGGGAGCGUCACUGCUCGCCACUCUCCCCGCCGGUGGAGAAGAACGGUCUACCCUGCAGUCUCGCCUGGCCUCCUUGAGGCAGGACUGGGAGAGGCUGAACCAGAGAAUCUCAGAUCAAGAGAGCAGACUGAAGACCACUCUGAGCAAAGCAGAAACCUACCAGCAGCACAAAGCCGAGCUGACACCGUGGAUAGCAGAGUGUGAACAGAAAGAUGGAGAGAUCCAGCCAUCAUUGGACUCAUCGGUCCUGGACGAAGCCUUGCACAAGGCUCGAAGUCUAUCAAUGGACGUCGAAAGACGACAACCUCUCCUCGAGGCCUUCAAUACUGCAGCAGAUCAGCUGCUGGAACAAUGCUGCAUCGGGGAGGAAGAGGUACGAGAUGAGAAGGCCCAGCUGAACCGCAGGGUGGACAGACUGGGCGAAAGGCUCCAUAACCGCACCUCCCAGCUAGAGGAGCUGGCUGGUCGCCUGAAGGAGUUUGAAGAGGGCAGACAGGCUGCAGAGAGGAGGCUGGAGGCUGCCAAGCACCAGAUUGAAGUCCAGGAGGCUCUGGGACCACAGGCAUGCAGUGCUAAGAGUCUGGAGCGGCUGAGAAGUCAGCAGGAGAGUCUAAGGUCCCUGAAGCCUCAGGUGGUCUAUCUCAGAGACCUCGCCCAAGGGCUGGUACAGGACUCACCACAGACAUCAGGAGGCAGCACUGAGGGGGCACAGAGGCUUCAGGAGCAGGCCAAAGACACAGAGAGAGACUAUGAUGACGUUACUGACAAGAUCGAGCAGUGCUGCUCCUCCCUGGAGUCCCGGCUGCAGGGUGUCGGCGAAGUCCAGUCUCAUGUGCGUGAUGUCUUCUCACGCCUUGCCGACCUUGAUGAUGAACUGGACUCCUUCAGCCCCGUUGGACGUGAUGCAGACUCCCUGGCCUCUCAGGCUGAUGCCCUGAAGGGCUUCUUGUCCCGUCUGGCCAACCUCAGGACGGAGCUGGAGGGUCAUGGGUCAGAGUGCACCACCAUGCUGCGGCGAGAAGGCUCCUCCCCUGACCUCCUGGCUCUCAGGAGGGAGACAGAGGCUCUGAGCCGCCAGGCCGGCAAGCUGAGCGAGCGCGGCCAGGCCAGGUUGGACCAGAUCGAGGACGCUGCUGACAGGGUUCAGGAGUUCUACAGGCAGGUGGCCGAGCUGCAAGGCCUGCUGGGAAGGGCCGAAGAGGGGCUGAACGCACAGGGCAUGGUCGGCACAGAGGUGGAGAUGAUCAAACAGCAGCUGCAGGAGUUCAAGGCCGUGGAGAGAGAGCAGGUGGACAGCAUUCAGCCGAAGCUGCAGCACGUCAAUGCAGUGGGUCAGGGUCUGAUCCAGAGCGCCGCCAAACACACCGACACCCAGGCACUGGAGCACGACCUGGAGACCACCAACCUCCGAUGGAACUCAUUCAACAAGCGGGUGGCAGAGCGGAUCGCCCAGCUGCAGGAGGCCCUGUUGCAUUGUGGGAAAUUCCAGGAUGCUCUGGAGCCUCUGCUCAGCUGGCUGAGCGACACAGAGGAGCUGGUGGUCAGUCAGAAGCCUCCAUCUGCCGAGUACCGUGUGGUCAAGGCCCAGAUCCAAGAACAAAAGCUGCUCCAGAGGUUGUUAGAUGACCGCCGGCCAACAGUGGAGAUGAUCCGCGCUGAGGGAGAGAGGAUCGCAGCCACAGCGGACACUCAGGACCGAGAGAAAAUUCAGACCCAGCUCCAGAGUCUGGCAGAGAGAUGGACUGACCUGCUGGACAAGGCCAGUGCCAGGCAGAGACAGUUGGAGGAGCUGCAGGUUUUGGCUCUUCAAUUCCACGAAGCCCUGGAGCCGCUGGGAGAAUGGCUGAGUGCCACAGAGAGACGCCUAAGCUCCGCCGAGCCCAUGGGAACCCAGACGGCCAAGAUCACCCAGCAGAUCAUCAAGCACAAGGCGCUCCAAGACGACGUGUCCACCCGUGAAGCAGAGGUUGAUCACCUUGAGUCCCUCAGCCAAUCGCUGACUCCGCUCAGCUGCACGGCCGAUCGUAAUUGGUUAAGCGAGCGAGUGGGGACCGUGAGGUCAGGUCACUCUGAACUUGCUGAUUGGUGCACGAGGCGGGCGGGUCUGCUGGAGCAGGCGCUGGCUAACGCUCAGCUGUUUGGGGAGGAGGAGGUAGAGGUGCUGAACUGGCUGGCAGAGGUGGCUCAGAGGCUGACUCAGGUCUCCGUCCAGAGCUACCAGCCUCAGCUGCUGGCCGAGCACCACAAACACACUCUGUCUCUAAAUGAAGAGAUUUUGAGCCGGAAGAAGACAGUGGACCAGGCCAUCAAGAAUGGACAAGCAUUACUCAAACAGACCACAGGUGAGGAAGUUCUCCUGAUCCAGGAGAAGCUGGACGGCAUCAAGUCUCGCUAUGCUGAGAUGACGGCCGGCAGCAGUAAGGCCCUCCGCACCUUGGAGCAGGCCCUGCAGCUGGCCACGCGAUUCGCCAGCGCCCACGACGAUCUCAACCAAUGGCUGGACGGCAUGGAGGUGGAGCUCAACAAUGUGGAGGCCGACGCCACACCUGCCUACCAGGAAAGACAGAAGGAGCUGAAGAAAGUGUCGGCAGAGAAGCGUCUGGUGUUGGAUACGGUGAACGAGGUGGGCAGCGCCCUGCUGGAUCUGGUGCCGUGGCGAGCCCGCGAGGGCCUGGACCGCCUGGUCGCUGAUGCCAACCAGCGAUACCGGCAUGCUGAUGAAACUAUCACUCAGAGGGUGCAGCUGGUACAAGCCGCCAUCCAGAGGUCACAACAGUAUGAGGAGGCAGUGGAUGCAGAGCUGGCCUGGGUCGGGGAGACAGAGCGUAAGUUAACAUCUCUGGGGCCCCUGAGCCUGGAGCCUGACGUUACGGUGGCCCAGCUGCAAGUGCAGAGGGCCUUCAACAUCGACAUCAUCCGACACAAAGACACUGUGGAUCAGCUCCUCAGCACCAGAGACGACAUCCUGGAAACCUGCAGCGACGCCCAGAAGGACACACUGAUAGUAAAGACAGAUUCUCUCAGUGCUCGUUAUGAUGCAGUGAGCCAGAGCCAUAGUGAACGGUUCUCAGCCCUGGAGCAGGCCCAGGUUUUGGUCGCUCGGUUCUGGGAGACCUACGAGGAACUGGAGCCAUGGUUGGGCGAGACUGAAACCCUCAUCACCCAGCUGCCACCUCCAGCCAUCGACACAGACGCUCUCAGACUGCAACAGGAUCAGAUGAGGCUCCUCAGGGAGUCUAUCGCAGAGCACAAGCCCCACAUCGACAAGCUGCUGAAGAUUGGACCCCAACUGGCUGAGCUCAGCCUCCAGGAGGGGGCGACGGUGACUCAACGCUACACCGAGGCUGAGAGGCGCUACCUGGCCAUCAAAGAGGGGGUCAAAGGUCGUGCAACAACCCUAGACGAAGCAGUGUCCCAGUCUGCACAGCUGGUAGAGUUUCACGACAAGAUGGACCCCCUGUUGGAGACCCUGGAGGGGGCGGUCCAGCGGCUGCGGCAGCCUCCCUCAGUGGCAGCGGAGGUGGAGAAGAUCAGGGAGCAGCUGGCAGAGCACCGAGCCCAGGGGCUGGAGCUGGACAAACUGCUGCCGAGCUUCUCCGCCCUCUGUGCCCGCGGAGAGGAGCUCAUCGGACGAGCUGCUCACGACGAUCCUGCUGCUCAGGCCGUUCGUUCCCGCCUCCUCCGCCUGCGCUCCCUGUGGGAUGAGAUCCGGCAGCGAGCUGAGGAGAGGGAGGGGAAGCUGAACGACGUCUUGGACCUGGCCGGCAAGUUCUGGGCCGAUGUGGCGGCGCUACUGAGCACGCUCCGAGACUCCCAAGAUAUUGUGAAAGAGCUGGAGGACCCCGGUGUGGACCCCUCACUCAUCAAACAACAGAUUGAGGCUGCUGAGGCCAUUAAGGCAGAGACGGAUGGUCUGAGGGAGGAGCUGGAGUUUGUCAGGACCCUUGGAGCUGACCUCAUCUUUGCCUGUGGAGAAACUGAGAAACCUGAAGUUAAGAAGACCAUUGAUGAGAUGAAUGCUGCCUGGGAGGGCCUUAACCGGACGUGGAGAGAGAGGAUGGAGAGACUGGAGGAGGCCAUGACAGCGUCUGUGCAGUAUCAGGACGCACUGCAGUCUAUGUUUGACUACCUGGACAACGCAGUGAUCAAGCUGUGUGAAAUGUCGACUGUGGGAACUGAUCUGGGAACUGUCAAACAGCAGAUUGAAGAGCUCAAGCAGUACAAGGUGGAGGUUUACCAGCAGCAGAUUGACAUGGAGAAGCUGUGCCACCAGGGGGAGCUGCUGCUGAAGAAGGUGUCAGACCAGACAGACAGGGACAUGAUCCAGGAGCCGCUGACCGAGCUCCGACAUCUCUGGGACAACCUGGGGGAUAAAAUCACCCAAAGACAGCACAAGCUGGAGGCUGCCCUGCUGGCCCUGGGUCAGUUCCAGCAUGCCCUGUCUGAGCUGCAGUCUUGGCUGAGCCACACACACACCACUCUGGACACACAGCGACCAGUCAGCUCUGACCCCAAGGCCAUCGAAAUCGAGCUGGCUAAACACCACGUUUUGCGUAAUGAUGUGCUAUCCCAUCAUGCCACAGUGGAGAAUGUGAACGGUGCUGGCGCUGAGCUGCUGGAGUCCUCACCUGGCGACGAAGCCAGCCACCUGAGAGACCAGCUGGAUCAGCUCAACCAGAGCUGGGAGAGUCUGCUGCUCAAGACCCAGGAGCGGCAGAAGCUACUGGAGGCCGCCCUGCAGCAGGCUGAAGGUUUCCAUGGCGAGUUGGAGGAGUUCCUCCAGUGGCUGAGGAGGACGGAGAGCCAGCUGUCUGCCGCCAAGCCAACGGGCGGUCUGCCUGAAACAGCCAGGGAGCAGCUACAGCAACACACGGAGCUUCAGGCCCAGCUGACUCAGCGAGGAGAACAGUACCACCGCCUGUUGGAUCAAGGAGAGUCCAUGCUGCUGGCUCGUGGAGGAGAGGAAGCAGGACCCGGUACCACCCAGACCCAGCAGAACCUGGCCAUGCUGCAGAACAAAUGGGCCAGCCUCAACACUAAGAUGGACGACCGCAAGGCCAAGUUGGAUGAGGCCGUUUCCUUGGCAACAGGUUUCCAGACCUCUCUGCAGGACACCAUCAACUGGCUGACUCAGGCUGAACAGACCCUGAACAUGGCCCAACCCCCAAGCCUCCUACUGGACACUGUCCUCUUCCAGAUAGAUGAGCACAAGGUAUUUGUGAAUGAGGUGAAUACCCACAGAGAGCAGGUCCUGGCUCUGGAGAAGGCCGGCUCUCAGCUUCGCUUUGCCAGCCUGAAGCAGGAUGUUGUUCUCAUCAAAAACCUGCUACUCAGCGUCCAGGCCCGCUGGGACAAGCUGGUCCAGAGGUCACUGGACCGCGGCCGACACCUCGAUGAGGCCCGCAAACGCGCCAAACAGUUCCACGAGGCCUGGAGGAAGCUGACAGACUGGCUAGAAGAAGCCGAGAAAAGACUGGACUCAGAGCUGGAGAUCUCCAACGAGCCAGACAAGAUCAAAGUGCAACUGGCCAAACACAAGGAGUUUCAGAAAGCGUUGGGGUCAAAGCAGCCAGUUUACGACACUACAGUGAGGUCUGGGAAAGCCAUGAGGGACAAGGCUCAGCUGCCUGCAGACACCCAGAAACUGGACCACCUGGUGGGGGAGGUCCGCGACAAGUGGGACACCGUCUGUGGCAAGAGCGUAGAGAGACAACACAAACUGGAGGAGGCUCUGCUGUUCUCAGGCCAGUUUGCAGAGGCUCUCCAGGCCCUGGUGGACUGGUUGUACCGGGUAGAGCCCCAGCUGGCCGAAGACCAGCCCGUCCAUGGAGAUCUGGAUCUGGUGUCCAACCUCAUGGACUCACAUAAGGCUUUCCAAAAAGAGCUGGGGAAGAGAACCAGCAGUAUUCAGGCUCUAAAGCGCUCAGCUCGGGAGCUGAUGGAUACCGGCCGCGAUGACACGGCGUGGGUCAAAGUUCAGCUUCAGGAGCUCAGUAACCGCUGGGAUACGGUGUGUGCCUUGUCAGUCACAAAGCAAACCCGCCUCCAGCAGGCCCUCAAACAGGCGGAGGAGUUUCGUACGUCGGUACAGGUGAUUCUGGAGUGGCUUUCUGAGGCGGAGCAGACGCUUCGUUUCCGCGGCGUCCUUCCCGAAGAGGCAGAGACUCUGCAGGCGCUGCUGCACACACAUCGUGACUUCAUGGGCACCGUGGAGGAAAAGCGCACGGAUGUCAACAAGGCUGCUAGCAUGGGAGAGGGUAUCCUGACCGUCUGUCACCCUGACUCCAUCACCACCAUCAAACACUGGAUCACCAUCAUCAGGGCACGCUUCGAGGAGGUGUUGACGUGGGCCAAACAGCACGAGCAGCGGCUGGAGACAGCUCUGACCGAGGUGCUCAACAACGCCAACCUGCUGGAGGAGCUGUUGUCAUGGCUACAGUGGGCUGAGACCACCUUGGUCCAGAGAGACACAGAGCCGCUUCCUCAGGACAUCCCACAACUCAAAACACUCAUCACAGAACACCAGAUGUUUAUGGAGGAGAUGACGAGGAAACAGCCAGAUGUUGACAAAGUGACAAAGACCUACAAAAGAAAACCAGCUGAGCCUCCCAGCAGCCUGGCUGAGAGGAGAGGUGCUCGCAAACACCAGCAGCAGCAACAGCAGCAGCAGCAGCAGCAGGCAGCCAUGCAGGUCUCUGGAGGAAACCCACGACUCAACCAGCUCUGUGCCAGAUGGCAGCAAGUUUGGCUGCUGGCUCUUGACCGCCAGCGCAAACUCAACGAUGGUCUGGACAGACUGGAGGAGCUCAAAGAGUUUGCCAACUUUGACUUUGAUGUGUGGAGGAAAAAGUACAUGCGCUGGAUGAACCACAAGAAGUCUCGCGUCAUGGACUUCUUCAGACGCAUCGACAAGGACCAAGAUGGAAAGAUCACACGGCAGGAGUUUAUCGAUGGCAUCCUGGCAUCAAAGUUUCCCACCAGCAAGCUGGAGAUGACAGCAGUGGCAGACAUUUUUGACAGAGACGGAGACGGUUACAUCGACUACUACGAGUUUGUUGCUGCUCUGCACCCCAACAAGGACGCCUACAGACCCACCACUGACGCUGAUAAGAUAGAGGAUGAGGUGACUCGGCAGGUGGCCCAGUGUAAAUGUGCCAAGAGGUUCCAAGUGGAGCAGAUAGGAGAGAACAAAUAUCGGUUCUUCCUCGGAAACCAGUUCGGCGACUCUCAGCAGCUGCGUCUGGUGAGGAUUUUGCGCAGCACGGUGAUGGUGAGAGUCGGAGGUGGUUGGAUGGCUCUGGACGAGUUCCUGGUCAAAAAUGAUCCAUGCAGAGUGCAACAUCCAGGACUUAAGAUUCUCCGGUCCGAUUCCAGUAGCUCCAUCUCAUCUCGUAUAGUGACAGUCACUCCUGGCUAUUUCUGCUCCCGAGCUCGUGGUCGAACCAACCUGGAGUUGAGGGAGAAGUUCAUCCUUCCUGAAGGAGCGUCUCAGGGUCUGGCUGCCUUCCGCUCCCGGGGUCGACGCUCCAAACCGGGCUCCCGCAACGCCUCGCCCACCCGCUCCUCCUCCUCGGCCUCCCACAGCGGCGCUUCCCUCCCCUCUGCUCCCUCCACCCCCGCCACACCAACAGCCUCCGCAUCAUCCAGGUCCUCCCAUACUCACUCGCGUGACUAUGCCAAGCCCUGGCUGGCACACAGUAAAACUCCAACGCCAACCAAGUGCCACUGCUGCCCAGAUCUCGGUCACAGCCACCCCACUCCUGGGCACGAGGGGGCGGCGUCGGGGUCCAAACUAAAGAGGCCGACGUUCCACUCGAGUCGAGGGUCGCUGACCGGAGAGAACGGAGGAACAACACACUCCAGCAAACCAUCACGAACUGAUCCGAAGCGAGGGGCAUCCACAGCCAGCGGUCCAACCAGCCGAGCCGGCAGCCGGACGGGCAGCAGAGCCAGCAGUCGGCGCGGCAGUGAUGCCUCAGACGCAUCAGAGCUACAGGACGCUCGCUCUGUCUGCUCUGACGCCUCGGACACCCCACGACGACCCGGGGCCAAACCCUCCAAGAUUCCCACCAUCUCCAAAAAGGCCCCCAGCCCAAAGACCCCGGGGUCUGCGAGAAAAUAACACCACAGAGAAACUGGAGCAGAACCGUUACACCUCCGUUUCACAGAGGGUGGACUGCUAUCAACGGCCAUUUUGGGUGUACCAACUCUUCAAUCUGAAGUCCAUCCGUAGGGCUUGUGUAGAAUUUGUGCACUGACUGACAUUUUCCAGGGGAAAGAAGGAGAUGGAUAGGAUGAGUGAAUCUCCUUCUCACUCUUUCCCCAGUCUCAUAAAUGGACUGAAAACAAGAGGAGAAGAGUUCUGGUCUGGCAGUCCCAGGCCAGAGUCUGUGGGGUCGAAACCGACUUUUCCCCUUUAAGAAGCGACCCCAUUUUGCCUUCCAGUCUCCUGCUUCGUCUUUCAACAAGUACCCCACCAGCGUGGAACCGAAUACCAACGGACUUGACAUAAUGCUGCCUUACUUUGUGUUACACUCUUCUGUCCCGAUCAGACAGAGCAACAGAGAGUCUUUAAACUGCUUUAUACCACACUGACACACAAAUACACACAUUUUAACACAGAGGCGGGGUAGGGAGUGGGACACACCACCACCACGGCUACAAAAACAAAAAAGAAGCUCAAAUGACAUUCAGGAAACAAAAAGAAAGAAUUGUGGGUUAUUAUUUUGGCUUGUGGGCCAGAUGCCUCAACGAUGAGUUAAAAAAGAAAAUAUGAAACGACUGCCAUGUCGCUUCCUCCUGACUGGUUGGCGAGAAAAAGAGUCACCUCAGCAGAUCUGCAGAAGCAGACAGCAGUUCAGGAGGCGGGAAACGCUGUCCGACACACACACCGGCUAACCUCGGACUCAGAGGAUCGGUGGUGGUGACGGUGCUGCUGCAGCUGAGGGCAAACACUCACACACUCAAACACCGCAGAGCAGACUCCUCCCGACCGCUGGAACGUUAAGAUCAGCCUUGUGUGUGCAUUUCAGCAAAGGGCGGUGUGGUUUUGUCACAUGCCGACGUAACAAUCCAACACACAAAAAUCACAAACUGGCAAUAGAAAGGACUAUUUUUAUGGUGACACACUCAACUAACAGCACAUUACUGACAAUAUACGACAUGUGUAACCUAACCCGAUGUUAAUGACCGUGUUUGCAGAGUUCGACAACCAGCAUGCACUAAUUGUCUCUUCCUCUGCAGUUCCACCUUAAUGUCUACACUGUGUUGCCCUUAGCAACCCAGCAGCACGCACACUCUCACACACACAAGGUGGUGUGUAUCAUGUGUGUCAUUGUUACAGGAAAUGAUAUGAGGUCACUGACUUGAGUCACUGUAUGCAAAAAUUUUAAUUUGCGAAUGUCAUUUUGUUUUUCUUCCCGUUGUUUUCUGGUUAAUUUAUAAUCCAGUUGUACUUUUGUUAUCUAGCUUGAAAGAAAAAUCUAUUUAUUUUUCAGUUUCAUGUCAUAUCACCAUUCUCGGAGAGUGAUUUAGUAUUAUGGUUAAAGAAAUUGUGAUUUUUGUACCAAGGAAAUGUCCGCUCCGCUCUUUGACAUUAUUUGUGUGUAAAGUGUGUUUCUACUUCAUUGUAACAUUACAUUAUUCACUAGGUCACUGAUUCUAGUGGCAGCCUUGUUUGUUAAUUUUUCUCUUUGCUAAUGACUACAAUUCCCAGACCAUGACCAAAGGGGUUUGCCCUUCAUGUGUAGAGAGAACUACAAAUAUGAAUGACAUGAGACCUGGGCAGAGUGGACCAAUGAGAGCGGGUUUCCUCCCUCGUGUCCCUCCCCAGCGUCUCUUCUUCUAGGCUUUUUUUCAAAUGUCCUGUCGUUGAUGGGGCCGAGUUGUCUCUGUGUUAUCUCAGUGUAAGAGAUGAAGUUUAUGGAAAAACUAAUGAAAUUACAUUAAGAAAGAAGACAUCUUAAGGUGAUUUUUAUUUAUUUAUUGUCUCUCUGAGGGGAUUCGGUGCGCAGGAGACGAGUCCACCACCUUUUGAUGCUGUGCUACUCUCAGUGUGAUAAUGAGAACAUGGAGGGAGGGAGCGAUGUUACUAGGAGUCAAUUGUGUAAAAGUAAAACAAAAAACUAAAAUUAUAAACAAUUUUUUUGUUCUGUUUUUGUAUUAAAAAAAUAUGCUUGCAGUAAAACUA